UAAUUCACAUUAUUUGAUUAGUUAAGUAUCAAAUCAAAAAAUAAUUUAUAAAGUAUUAUCAUGAAAAAUAAAUCAAAGAAGUAUUAGAAAAAAAUGAAAGCCAUGCAAAUACCAAUUAUAAAAAGUUCUCCAUCAUUCAAAAAAGGAUCCAUACCAAGACAAAAAACUCAAUACUCUGGAUGGCUAUGGAAAAAGGGUGUUUUGAAUAAAGGCAGUUUAACCAGUAGAAGAUGGUUCGAAAUAAAAGGAGAUCAAUUGUACUAUUUUAAAAAUAAAGGGGACAGUAAUGUUCUUGGUGAAAUAUUUCUCCCAGGUAAUGAAAUAGUGAAGUUAAAUACAACUGCUGAUUUGAAUGGAAAGUAUGUGUUUGAAAUAACUGCUGGUAAAGAAAGACUUGGUCGACCUGUGACUAUGUGUUCUGAAAGUUUAUUACUUGGUGCUUCAUCUCCUAUGGAAUUAGAAGGCUGGAUAAAAGCUUUAAAUAGAGUGAUUUAUUCACCUUUUGGUGGUGGAAUGUUUGGUCGCUCAAUUGCUGAGACAGUUAAAAUAGACUCACUCAAAGGUGGAGGAAUGGUUCCUAUUAUUGUUGAAAAAUGUGUUGAAUUUAUUCGAAAAUAUGGUUUAGACGUUGAAGGUAUUUUUAGAGUCCCGGGUCAGCAAGAAGAUGUGGAAAGUCUCAAAUCUGCAUUUAAUAAAGGUGAAAAUCCAGAUCUUCAUAUUGAAAAGCAUAAAAUUGAUGUAGUUGCUUCGGUAUUAAAGCAAUAUAUUGGUGAUCUUCCAGAGCCUGUUAUCCCAUCAGAAAACUGGGAUCAAUUCAUAGCUGUGGGUGCAUUACAUAGUAUAAACCCUUCAGCUGCACUUGCAAAAAUUGAAUAUUUACUUCAAAGAAUUCCUAGGGUUCAUUAUAAUAUGCUAAAAUAUUUGUGUAGAUUUCUCUUUGAACUUCAACUUCACUGUGAAUCAACUAAAAUGUCUGUUUCAAACCUGGCAUUAGUAUUUGCUCCGAACAUUUUGAGACCUCAGAACAAUGAAGAUCCAGAAAACUUGUUGAAAUCUUUAGCUUCAGCCAAUGCUACUACCAUGGCUUUAAUAGUUAACCAAAAUAUUUUGUUCCCAGUGACACCAGAUGAAAAGUAUUAUCAACCAAUAGCAGUUAGUGAUGAAAAAGAAACAUUAAAUGCUAUUUAUGAAGAUAAAGUUAAUUCUUUUCAUGCUUCUAAAGGAUUUCAACCUUUGAAAAGAUCUUUAUCAGAAUCUAGUAUAUUUGCAGGAUUAGAUGAAACAAGAUAUGCACAUAAUUUUGAAAAUCAUGUUUACGAAGAGCGUUACGCAAAUGAAAGGUUAAACGAAAUGAAUGAAAGAUUUGACGUUGAAGAAAUAAAAAGUCAAUUCCAGACUCAAUUAAAUGAACUUGAAAAUAAACUGGAAUCAGAAUUGAAAAUUAGAGAAAUGUUAAAAAUGCGACUGUACGAUGAGCAUAAAGCAAGAGUUGCUGCGGAGGAGCGUUUAGAACAAUAUAGAAUUGGUAUUGAAGAAUAUUGCAAAAAAUUUGGUGGUAUAGAUGUAUCUCUUAGUUGAAUAUAUGAUUGUUUUUUAUAAUUUUUUUUAUGUUACAAAUGUAGAAAAUAUUUUUUGUACACUUUUUGAAUAUUUUUAAAUUGGAUAUAUAUAGUUUUUAAAAGAUUUAUUUUUUAAAAGGUGAACUUGUAUUCGUUUAUAGUUAAG